UGGCUGGGUAAAUAUUGGACAAAACACACAUUGGAUUAUAAAUGUAACCUACGCUGGGUUGCUGUUACCCAGCCAUGGAUUGAAAACAACUCAACAUUUUUUAGAGUGUAUUGAUUUAAUUAAAACAAAUUCAAACCAAAAUAGCCUUUUAUUUGUACAGUAUCCUUUUUCAUCCAUUAGCUACUGAAUGCCAAAGGUUGUUAACAUCACAAAUGUUUGAAAUAUUUCAGAGAUUGUCGAUGACAACUCUACAUUGAGAGCGGAUUUCAUUCAGGAGCUUCUUCCAUCUGCGGAGCGAACGGCUCUCCUUUAUCACCUGGCUUUCCUGAGUCUGGGAGGAUUCCCAAAGCUGGAGCGUCUGAUCAGAGAUCAAGCUAUUGAAACACAACUGCUGUUCGGAUCCUCUGAAGCCCUUCUGAUGAAGUGUGUCGGCACGAGUUCCAACCUGGUCACCUCCCUGUUUCCAAUACUGAAACAAGCUGUGGAGAAGAACAACCCCGUUUUGGCGGUGAGGUACCUGAUGAAAGCCAAAGAGUGGAUCACUGACAUCGUAGCACAAGUGGAUGACACAGUGAAGAGGUAUGAUCGACACAACGAAAGUGUGAAAAAAUCCACCAGUGACGUGUAUCAAGAACAAGACGAGACCAAAGAAAAAAAAGAGAAAAAAUCUGACGAGAUGAAGGGUCUGGAGGAUGCUCUGACCAAGCUCGGAAAGGAUCUGAAAAGAGUAGUCGACACAAUAGAGAUGAAUGAGGAACAAAUUAAAAAAACAACUGACGAGCUGAACGACUUCAUCAGAAGAUUUCAGAAAGAACAUGCCCACUGGACUAUGAAGUUCCUUGACUUUUUUAGAGGCUAUCCAGAUGCUAUGAAGGAGCCUAGUGCCAUCGCUCUGGAUAGAAAACUGAAACAACUCGACUCUGAGAAGAGCCGUCUGAAAAAUGAAGAGUGGAACAUCAAAAUCAAGCAGCUUGAUCUUCAGCUGAAGCUGGCCAAUUGUAAAAUACGAAUGGGUGAGAUCCCCGAUCCUGAGCAUCUGAAGGAAGUCCAGAAGUGUCUUUCUCAAAUCCAACAAAUUCUGGUUGAUCUGAAAAAGUUUUGGGAGAAGGUGGAUGCGAUUCUGUACACGCUGAAAAAUAAAACCUUUGUUGGGGAGGAACUCGUUGACAUGGAGGACAUGAAGGAUGAGUUUCUGAGCUCCAUUGACGAUGCAGGAAAGUACUGGAAGAGAUUUGGUUUGUGCUGUCAGAGAGUUCAAGGCGCCUUCCGCAUUCAAUCUAGAGAUGCAUAUAAAUUCCUGGACAUCAAUCCGUCUUCGCUCUCUGAGGAGGAGAGGAAGCAGCAGUAUGUGUCUAUCACGGAGAAGCUGAAGAAAAUCAAUCCAGAUCCGCCAGCACUGUGUGACACCCAGAAAUGAUGCUUCCUGAAUGCUUCUUACACAAAUCAAUGCAUACAGCUUCUCUUGUCAUUUUCAUAAUGCUUUGUAAUCUUUACAACUGCUCUUGAACAUGUUCUGCAUAUACAUGUUCUUUAAGCUGAUGUUACGAAUAUUAUUUAGAUCAGUUUAUGGCUCUCUCUUUCAAAGUCUCUUUGCAUUUUUAUUAUGCUACAUACAGAUCUUGUGGUCUGGUCACAUGAUUAAUGUAUAUGUCACACAAUAAAGAAAAAAUACAUGAAACAUUUAAUUGUAGCCAAAUCCUUAAAAAAGCCAUUUCUAAUGCUUCGUGUACAAUAGUUCUGCUUCCAUCCAUAAAUCAUGUUAAUAGCGGUGACGAUAUUUGUUGAUACCUUCUCUAGAACACAAAAGAAAAUAAAAAUGCAGAAGAAAUUGUGGAAUUAUUUUUAACUGUAAUGCAAUAUAAACACAACCCUUGUCUAAACGAAUUUACUGCAUUUAGUGUUAAUCAGAAAGUUAAAGACAUUUUGGGUAACACUUAUUUUGAUAGUCCACUUUAGACAUUCUACUAACAGUAAGUAACUUUGCAACUACAUGUCAACUAGCAGUCAUUAGAGUAUUAGUAGACUGUCUGCUUAAUAUCUUCUAACACUUUAUUUUGAUGGGUUGUAACGUUUGUUACGGAUCAGUGAUGGCUGAUUACACUUUGUUUAAAAAAAAAAAAACCUUUUAGCCUUUUGACAUUUGCAUGUAAAUUACUGACCUGGCCUCAGCGUUUACAUUUAUAUGGGUACUAAAUUGCAGAUGGUCUUUAUCACUAUCAAAAGGAUGCUAAACAGAUCGUCUGUAUCAAGCUUCAAACACAUUCCACAGAAUGCCAGGGAGCAGACCAUUUGUCUAUCUUCACAAUUUCCAAUACAUGUCACACACACACCUAAAGACAUUUUCUCUAUUUAGGCUAUAAUUAAGCAGUUAUAAAUGUAUCUGCUAUAUGCAUGUGUUGUAUGUAUAUUCCCCUGUUAUAUUAACUUGGUUAAAACCCUUUUCUUGUAUUAGUUAGACGUUAAAUGCCUAUAUUCCAGUGUAUGAGUGUAUCUCUUCUUUAAUAUCAUUUGGAGGUUACCUUCUUGGUAUCAAAAUGAUCUUCUCUUUAUUUCUCACACAGUAAUGUACACUAUGUGAUCGUGAAAUGCAUCGAACAAUUCUUACUAUGUUUUGAAUUAAAAGCUGCACUAGUGGUCCAGAUCAGCAAUAAAAUGCAAAUGGGCCAUAAACGGAGACGAAGGGUAUCUCUCCCGCUCAAAAUGCAUGCCUCUGUUUGGCCACUCCACCCACCAAAUAGGCGCGGCCAUGUACCAUUAAAAGUGCCGAACCCAGACUAAUCUUCGCCUCAAAACUCUUCUUCUUGAGACAAACACACUCCAAAACUCUCCUCUUGAGUUUAACCUUCCGGCAGUGUUUACCUUCAAGUAACUUUGUGGAUUUGCUGUGGACUUCUUCAACUCCCUCCUAAAGAAAUCAUCGAGGACCUCGUCUACCGCAUCAAGACUCUUAUUCAGCAACAAACCAAUGCAAGUAAACAUUUACAACUGAUUAGAUGCGUGUUUAAGUUUGAACCCCUUUUAAGGUGAAUUGUAUCUUUGAUGAUUCUCAUUUAGGUUGUGGUUAAUUGAUGUGAAAUACUGCCAUUCUUUGCUCUUCUCUCUCUUUUCCUUACUUUCCUUCAUUCUAUAUAUGUAUGUUUUGCUUAGUUUGUUUGUAUGUUAGUUAUAGUUUCAUUUAUUAAAUCCCUUACAUUCACAAUUGAUUGUCUCUGUGUUCCGCUCACAUUUCAAAGUCACUGAAUGAUUGCUCUGUGCUACAUGCUAAACUACUGCUAGCACUGUAUAAGAAGGAAGGCUAUUGUUCCUUGGCCAGGAAAGUAAUCUUCCUAGAAUUGAUAAAUAAUUAUAUUGUCUGCUCGGUGAACGGACAGAUCAGGUAAUUGUAAUAUCAAUUCUGCUACAGUUAAUUCUAAGAUCUAAUCUAAAUAUUUAUUAUUAAUUAUAACCAGUUAUAAUUAAUUAUAAAUAAUUCCCUUUUUAAGCUAAUUCGCUACAGGGUCCACAACAUACUGACUAUGAGAAACUUUGCAAGUAUAUGUCAACUUAUUCUACUAACCCUAAACCUACCUUAACAGUAUACUCUGAGAGUUAGUAGACAUGUAGUUGCAAAUGAAUGAGAAUUAGUUGACAUGUAGUUGACGUAGUUACAAAGUUACUUAAAAGUUAGUAGAAUGUCUAAAGUGGACUAUCGAAAUAAAGUGUAACCCCAUUUUGUAAUAAACCAAGAAUUAUUUGGAGAUGCAAGGUAAUGCAGUGAAAGCACAUUUGAAGUACUGUAUUAUGUAGCUCACAUGCUAUGCUAAUUAGGCUCUGUGGUGUUAUGAACCAAUUAGUGUUGAAGACGCCUCAAAUGACGGUUUAUAAAGAAUAGUAAAAAAAAAAACAAGUAAAGUAAUUUGAAUGCAAAACUAGGAGAAUGAAGUUUGUUUAUUGUCUAUCAGCUAAUGAGAUUAAGAAAUACAACUGAAUAAUAUUCUCCAUAAUAGCCCUGUCAAGACUGUAGGCUGUCCUGAAUAUUUGUGUGUGUGUGUGUGUGUGUGUAAAUUUUGCAGCGGUAAAUUCAUUAUUUUAAGAAUUUAACCUUAA